AUGGCACCAACGCAUUUAAAAAAGAUCAAGGAUUUGUUACGCGAAAUCAAUACUAAGGGUACUAUUCCGUUCGAACACCGGGAGACUCUCAAUGACCGCCUUCGCAUUACUUUCAAGAGUUCUGAGAACAACCCUCGCCAGGCCACGCGACAGAGUAAUGCGGAAUAUUCACGUCGAUUCAGAGAGAAGCAUGCGCGUCCAGUCUACCUCGAAGUUCUUGAGAAGGAUGUCUCACUGUUCCUUCCUUUCGUCAUCAAGAUAUCUCCUACGAUUUGUUCAAAGUUGGACUUAUCCACGUUACUACAAGAAUAUAUGAAGCUGGAUCAACCGCUUAGAGAACUCCAUUUAAACCACAGCGCCAAAGAAUUUCUCUCUGCGAUAGCAAAAGAACACGAUUUCGAGCAGAAUGAGCAAUACAAGAAACUUAGCUCCUCCUUGUUUGCCCGCUUGUCAAGUCAACAUUCCGAUACAGAAUCAGCAGAAUCGAUCUCGCGCCCUAUUGGUGCUCUCGAGAGUGUCGACCGGUUUUCAUAUCUUGGAGCUGAUCCUGCAGCAGUACUCCAAGUGUACGGAGCCCGUGUGUAUGAGUUUGUUGAGCAAGCUCCAGCAUGGAUACAAGAACGCGCGGUAUUUGCACGCCUAACAGAGUGCGUCCAGGCAGCAUUUGCUCUGGAUUAUCUCAUAGAUGGCGUAUUCAACCUUCAAAUAGGAGCAGCAGACAAGAUAGCUGCAAUAUUGUACCCGAACAUAAAGCUGGACAUCUCCACGAAUUACGCAUCUGACUCGGUCAAAGACGAUGCUUAUUUCACCCUCAUCGGGGCUUCUAUCAAAGCUAUUAAAUCCUUCUUUCCCAAAGAUUUAUGCGAUGCUAUUGAAGCGAGCGAUCUGAGAGAUUGGGAGAAGACACACUUCCUUCUCGAAUCAACAGACUGUGUUGUGACGCAUAUAUCUCGCACAAAACCUCACAUUGGUACCAUCAGCAUUCGGGUUGGAUACGCUCUGGGUGUUUUACUUCUGAAUAAGUUGUAUGGGGUCUUCUAA